UACAUAGGAGGCGACGGAUUGACCACUGAUUGGGAACAUGCCCCGACUGUGAUGCAUGAUGCGCUGACUCAUAUAAAGGAAUCCCUAAACUCCGUGUUCGAUAAUGUCCCUGAUUUUAACGAGCUGUUAAGCAUCGCGUAUCUUCCAGACCAAAAGAUGGCAUUUCACAGCGAUGAUGAACGAGGGGUAUAUCCAUUCGUGGUGGGCCUGUCUUUGGGGUCGGAUGCCGCGAUGAUGUUCCGAACCAAGGAUUCGUCUUUAUCAGGUACAAGGGUAUUCUUGACAGUGAACCUUAAACAUGGUGACAUCCUGCUCAUGGAGGGAGAAGAUUUCCAGAAUUGCUUUCAACAUUCGGUUACUCCGAUUGGAUUUAGAAUAGCAGCCACGGCCAGGUUGAUCGAGGGAGAGACCGAGUAG